CUGCUGGCUCAGCUGUCAGACUCCUUCUUCCGGGUUUGUCCAAGCCGCCUCCACCACGUGAGGAAUACCUUGUUAUAUCCAUGUCAACAAACACCAUAAUUAUGAACGGAGAUGAGGAUGAGGAGUUCACAGCCUUCGUGGCUCUACACGCCGGGGCCCUGCAGUCCUCAAGAAUACCUCAAAUCUACUGGAGGAGCCUCCAUCACAAAAUCACCAACGAGAUUUAUGAUGCUGGGGAAGUUUUCGGAAUCAUGCAGAUCCAACAAGAUGAUGACGAGGCAGAGGAUGAGCAGAAGAAGGACAAUCCUGGAGCAGUGAUUGGAUGUAAAGUGGUUGUGACCCGGGACAGUGGACUGCAAGCAUCAGAGCCGACCAGUGUUUUCCUGGUGGAUCACGCCUGGACGUACCGUGUAGAUCAUGCCCGUGAACAGCUGGAGCAGAUCCCUGGCCUGCUGUCCAGAAUGGCCGCCCUGAUGGGGCUUGACUUCCACGGCGAGGUGCCUGAUCCCGACACGGUGGACCAGGUGAUGGAACUGAUGUGGAAAUACAACCAGACUUAUCACAUCUCCCAGGGGUCAGCAGAAGAGAAGGUCCCCGUAUGGUACAUCAUGGAUGAGUUUGGCUCCCAGGUGCAGCACUCUGACCAGCCAAGCUGUGGCAUGGCUCCCUUCUUCUACGUACAGGGCCAGCUGGCUUACACCGUGCUCUGGCCUCUGCAGGACCUGCAGGAAGGAGAUGAAGUAACUCGUGAUUAUGCGUAUGGAGAGACAAACCCCCUGGUGAGGCAAUGCCGACUGUUACUGUGGAAACCAGCUGAUCUAGAUGGGGUCAGCAGUGUCACCACUGAGCCCCCAGACUCAUACUAUGAGACCAUUGCACAGGAGAACAAGGAGCAGUUUCCCCUUGAAAUCCAACCCCAAACUGUGCCCGAGGAGAAAAUCCUCAAGGUUUACUCUGAAAUGUCACAAGUAACAAACAACUUGACACAUCCACGUUUUCAGCUGACAGAGGAAGAGGAGGAGGCUGACAUUAUCUGGAGUUACAAUCACAUCAAGGAUUACAGGAAGCUGAGCGAGGAGCGACCUCAUGUCAUGCUUAACCAGUUUCCCUGUGAGAGCCUUGUCACUGUGAAGGACUGCCUGGCUGCCAUUGCCCGGAGAGUGAACGGUGGCCUGGCACCUUAUUGGCUACCAGAGACCUUCAACCUCCAGACAGAGCUGCCGCAGUUCACCAGGCAUUACCAACUGAGACAACAGAGGGGGGAGGAUAACCACUGGAUCUGUAAGCCCUGGAACUUGGCCCGUGGACUGGACACACACAUCACUAACAACCUGGACUACAUAAUCAGACAGAGAGAGAGUACACCAAAGGUGGUGUGUAAGUACCUUGAAGAUCCAGUGCUGUUCAACAGGGAAGAAGUGGGGGCAGUGAAGUUUGACAUUCGCUACAUGCUGAUGUUGCGCUCUGUGCAGCCUCUACGUCUCUAUGCCUACAAUGUCUUCUGGUUGCGCUUUGCUAAUAGACCUUUCUCCUUGGACCAUUUUGAUGAUUACCAAAAACACUUCACCGUUAUGAACUAUGCAGAAGGUGUGGAGCUCAAGCAGGUGCACUAUGAUGAAUUCAUCCCUAUGUUUGAGAAGCAGUACCCACAGUAUCCAUGGAAGGAGGUGGAAGCAGAGUUGUUUAAAGCAUUCAAGGAGCUCUUCCAGGCGGCCUCAUCUCGACCAGCUCCAUAUGGUAUUUGUGCCUACCCAUCAUCCCGGGCAAUCUACGCUGUAGACCUCAUGCUGAAGUGGAGCAGGGGGGAAAAUGGUGAACGUGUCAUGCAGCCUCAGAUCCUGGAGUUGAACUUCAGCCCAGACUGCGCCCGGGCCUGCCUUUACCACCCCUCCUUCUACAAUCACAUGUUUCAGACGCUGUUCCUGGACCAGCCUGAGCACUGCCCUGUCACUCAGAUCGCAUGAUCAACUCAACACCACCAGACAGCAUGUUUGUACUUCUGUUUUUGAAAGAGAGAAACCCACUUCCUCUGUAACCUGUUCAUCUGUUAGUUCAUGCCAUUUUCUACUUUUACCAUCUACUACCAUAUACAAAACAUGUCUGCCUCUCUAGCAGAGUUCCUCAUUAAACCAGUUGCCUUUUUUCAUUUCAGAUGAAAUGUUUACAAAGUUGUUCUCAAAACUAAAAGUAUCACAAACCCAGUGUUUAAAACUAGAAAAUUACUGUACAAAUGAGCAGCAAUAAAAACCUAUUUGGAUAAA